AUGAAGCGCGUCGCACUCGUCGCAACGCAGCCAUUGAGGCCGUCACAAGCUCUGCUGUCGCGAGCUCGCUGCGUCUGUCGCUGCGCUCCGGUCCCGCGCUUGGCCCGGACCGACCGCCGGCCGCUGUCAACCACCGCACGCCGCCCCGACGAGUCCAAUUCCAACAAGUUUCAGCCCUUCCGCCGCUAUACCUUCCCACCUGACUUCUGCGAAAAGAACCCUGUCGUCAUCCUCCCUCCCCAGAAACCCAAGAUGAACGGGCCAGAGCUGCCUGAGCGGCGCACCGCGUAUAUUGCUCUCGGCAGCAAUAUGGGUGAUCGGAUUGGAUGGAUUGAGAAGGCUUGUCGAGAGAUGGAUGCUCGUGGUAUUAAGGUCAAGAGGACGAGCGGCUUGUGGGAGACAGAGCCCAUGUAUGUGCUAGAUCAGGACCGGUUUGUCAAUGGUGCUUGUGAGGUCGAGACUACUCUCGAGCCAUUGGAGUUGUUGGAUGCGCUACAGGACAUUGAACGGGCACUGGGCCGCCAAAAGGUCAUAGACAAGGGUCCUCGCAAUAUCGAUCUGGACAUUCUGCUCUAUGAGAACAUUAAGUUCAACCACGAGCGUCUCAAGAUCCCCCACGUUGGAAUUCCCGAGCGAGAGUUCGUCCUUCGUCCCUUAGCGGAGUACGUACCCUUCCCCUCCACCCCCCCCCCCGCGCCCUUCCCCCCGCCCUCUCUCCCUUUUAACUUUCCCAUUGACACCCCCAGACUCAUACCCGACAAACCCAUCGACCCCGACCGUCCCUGGCGCCUAAUCCGCGACUACCUCGACGCCCUGCCCCCCUCCAAGUCCCCCAUUACAACCAUGACGCCCCUCUCAGCGCACCACUCCCCCAUCCAAGCGCUCAACCCGGCCCGCAAAACCCACGUCAUGGCCAUCCUCAACGUAACCCCCGACUCCUUUUCCGACGGCGGCACUCACUCCCCCUCCGACCCCGAUUCCCUCGUGCAAACCAUCACUUCCUUCCUUGACGCGGGCGCCACAAUGAUCGACAUCGGGGGGCAAUCCACGGCCCCCGGUGCCCCCGAAGUCUCGCUAGAGGAAGAAUUGUCCCGCGUCCUCCCCGCCAUCCGCCUCAUCCGCACGCACCCCUCCCUCUCCUCCCGGCAGGUCCUCAUCUCCGUCGACACGUACCGCGCUGCCGUCGCCGAAGCAGCCAUCUCUGCCGGCGCAGACAUCGUCAACGACGUAUCAGGCGGCUCGCUCGACCCAGCCAUGUUACCCACCGUUGCCCGCCUAGGCGCAACAAUUUGCCUCAUGCACAUGCGCGGCACGCCGGCGACAAUGAACGACUUGGCCGUGUACCCCCCCGAGAAGGGGGGCCUCAUAGGCGGUAUCGCGACCGAGCUCCUUGCACGUGUUAAAGCGGCAGAAGAAGCGGGAAUCCGCCGCUGGCGGAUCGUUCUCGACCCUGGGUUAGGGUUUGCUAAGCGCGGGCCGCAGAAUGUCGAGGUGUUGAGGAGGCUCGAGGAGUUGAGGGCGUGGCCUGGGUUGCAAGGAUUGCCAUGGCUGGUUGGGUCGAGUAGGAAGAGCUUUAUCGGACAGGUGACAGGGGUGCCGACGCCGAGGGAGCGAAUUUGGGGGACGGCAGCGACAGUCGCUGCUGCGGUACAGGGGGGCGCGGAUGUGGUCAGAGUACAUGAUGUUAGGGAGAUGGUGCAAGUUGUGGCGAUGGCGGAUGCGAUUUGGAGGUAUUAA